AUGCGGGGCGGUGGGAAGGUGGCGGCCCGGGCCAAGUCCCCGUCUCCCCCUCCCGCUCCCACUACAAUCCCUACUACGUCCUGGGCCCCGGCCGACAGGAGCGUUCCAGAAAUUAUUGGCAGUCUCCAGGAAGAUUAUUAUAAUCUAUGUAUGGAAAAGUCCAGGAAAAUUAAUUCCUUUGUAUGGCAUCUACUCCAGGAAGUGGAUGAAGAAAUUGAAAAGGGAUUGGAAGGAAUCACAUUAAACAUUCCUGGUAACAGUCGCUUAAUGCCAGUAGAAAGAAUAACAGGUGAAGAUUUUUGGAUUCUUUCCAGAAUUUUAAAGAAGAAUACAUAUAUUAAUGGUUUGGAUGUUAGAUAUAACCUCAUGAGUGAUGUUGGUGCAUACUAUGCUGCAAGACUGCUUCAGAAACAACAUAAACUCAUUUAUUUAAAUCUUAUGUUUAAUGAUAUUGGGCCCGAAGGUGGAGAAUUGAUUGCUAAAGCACUACAUAAGAAUACAACUCUGAAAUACCUAAGAAUGACUGGAAACAAGAUUGAAAAUAAAGGUGGAAUGUUUUUUGCUGCAAUGCUGCAAAUUAAUUCAUCCUUAGAAAAAUUAGAUCUGGGUGACUGUGAUCUGGGAAUGCAAAGUGUGAUAGCAUUUGCUACAGUCCUAACUCAAAACCAAACAAUUAAGGGAAUAAACCUAAACCGACCUAUACUGUAUGGUGAACAGGAAGAGUCCACAGUUCAUCUAGGCCACAUGUUGAAAGAAAAUCACUGCCUUGUUGCACUACACAUGUGUAAGCAUAAUAUGAAAAACUGUGGAAUAAAACAAUUAUGCGAUGCACUGUAUCUGAACAGAAGCCUACGCUACCUUGAUGUGAGCUGCAAUAAAAUAACUCGUGAUGGAAUGGUGUGUUUGGCUGACGUACUGAAAAGCAAUACUACUCUGGAAGUAAUAGAUCUUUCUUUUAACAGAAUAGAAGAUGUAGGAGCAAAGUAUCUCAGUGAAACUCUUGCUUCACACAACAGGAGUCUUAAAGCGUUGUCAGUAGUCAACAACAACAUAAAGGGAGAAGGACUUGUUGCACUUUCACAGUCCAUGAAAACAAACCACAUACUCUCUAAUGUCUACAUUUGGGGAAACAAAUUUGAUGAAGCUACAUGUGUGGCAUAUUCAGACUUAAUUCAAACAGGCCGUCUAAAACCAGACAAUACAGAUGUGGAGCCAUUUGUGGUGGAUGGACAUGUGUAUCUUGCAGAAGUCUCCAAUGGCCUUAAAAAGCAUUAUUACUGGAGGCCAACUUAUGGAGAAGCUUGCAGUCAGUCAUCUAAUGCAGGUUCUAUUCUUGUACCAGUAGGUCCAGAUCUAUAA